GUUUGUCUCUCACAGACGUGACCACUUCCUAUGAGAACGAAAGGACACGCCCACCUCUCAUUUCAGCCCAGACGCUGAGCAGAGUGAUCUUUCCUGCUGCAGCCCUGCUUUAAUUACGUGUAUAAGAGGAAUGGCUUUAACUGGUAUUCGUGUGCUGGAACUGGCUGGUCUUGCCCCUGCACCUUUUUGUGGAAUGAUUCUAGCAGAUUUUGGUGCCAAAGUGAUCAGAGUAGAUAAAGCUGGUAGCGGCACAACAAUGGACACCUUGGCACGAGGAAAACGAUCUAUAGCUGUGAACCUCAAGAGCCCAGAAGGGAUCAGUUUAUUGAAGAAACUCUGCAAAAAGUCUGAUGUCUUGAUUGAGCCUUUCCGCCAUGGUGUCAUGGAGAACCUUGGGCUGGGCCCCGAUAUCAUGCUUCAAGAAAACCCACAACUUAUUUAUGCAAGACUCACUGGAUUUGGUCAGAGUGGAAAAUAUGCAAAAGCAGCUGGUCAUGACAUUAAUUACGUCUCAAUAUCAGGUUUGCUGUCAAAACUGGGAGAUAAAAACAGUCCAACUCCCCCUCUGAACUUACUGGCAGACUUCGCUGGUGGUGGACUCACGUGUGCAUUGGGAAUUGUCAUGUCACUGUUUGAACGCACGAAGUCGGGCAAGGGCCAGGUCAUUGAUUGUAGUAUGGUGGAAGGUGCUGCGUACCUUGGAUCCUUUGUUUGGAAGAGCCAGAAACUGGGCCUGUGGAGUAACUCUCCAGGCGAAAAUAUGCUGGAUGGGGGAUCUCCUUUCUAUAGCACGUACAAGACAGCGGAUGGGAAGUUUAUGGCAGUGGGUGCCAUUGAAACCCAGUUCUAUGCAGAAUUAUUAAAAGGACUUGAACUUGAUGCCUCUGAAUUACCCCAUCAGAUGAGCUUCUCUGACUGGCCCGAAAUGAAGAAAAUCUUUGCACAAAAGUUCAGAGAGAAAACACAAGCAGAAUGGGGCAGAAUCUUUGAUGGAACAGACGCUUGUGUUACUCCAGUUCUUUGUUUUGAUGAUGUUGCUUUGCACCAGCACAACGAGGAACGUGGAUCUUUUAUAUGUGAUGAUCAAGGGGAAUUAAGCCCUCGGCCUUCUCCUGUUCUCUCUAGAACACCCGCAGCUCCCACUUCCAGCAGGGAUCCCUUGGUAGGAGAACACACACAUGAAAUACUUGCAGAAUAUGGCUUCAGCGAAAGAGAAAUUUCUGAUCUCCAAACCUGCGGAGCAGUUGCAAGGAACAAACCCAAAGCUCACUUGUAAAGAACAUCCGUAUCAAGGUUAAUGAUUCAAGCUUAAAUUGUGAUAUAGGAAAUUACUGAUUGACGGUAAUCAGCAUACAAUUCAUUAUUGAGUUUUAAUCUACAUUGUCUCUAAUGACGUCCUUUAAGGAAAAUCUGAUGUUUGGUGCGCUCCAUAAAAAAGACUUUGCAAUAUUCUGUUGUAAGAAUAAUAUUUAAUGACAAAAUUAAAUGAACUAAGAACA